AUGGAUCGCAACGUUCAAAAUGGAGUUCCUUCGGCCAGAAGUGAUGCACUCAUCGUCAAACGCAAUAUCCGCAACCAGGACAUAAUAGCCAGCACUCACGUCGAGAUCAAUUCUCAAAGUCUCUCUCGUGUCCUCCAGGAUGUCUUUCCGGAUUCCCAGUCCCUAGGACUCGAUAAGGAGAAGCCCGAGGUCACAUGCGAGAUUCUUUGGCAUGCGAGUCCGGCUCUCCGUCAACGACUAGACCAAGAACGUGCCAAGAAAGGCCAAACACGGGACGACGUGAUCAUCAGCGAUAUCGAAGGGGCGCUGGCCUUGGUGCAGAAGGAGUACGCGACAACGACGUCCCAAUUGACAGCACUUUCGGAAAAGGGGCUGAUCAGCUACGACCUGCUAUGGUGUCUCUUCCCGCCACGCGUCGAGGUCUACACGGAUGUGAACGCCCUACAUGAGCCACAGAUCCUACGAUGCAAGUCGUUUGGCUACCAUGAGGACCAACAAACAGGCGAGAAGUGGUUCGCGAUUCAGUCUGAAUGCCUCAACCACGACAGCCAGGGCUUCGGCUGGUCCGAGCAACUCCUCAAAAUCUCAUCCUUCAAGGGCACUGCGCACAUUACGUCCCUGCUCGCGCAUCCCCUAGCGUACCACCCAAAAGAGAAGGACCUACGUGGCAGACUACACGCCCGGGGGAAGACCUUCGUUGGCCUGCUGGCGCAGCCAACGUGUCGACAGCACGGGGCCAUGGCGCUCAUCUCACGCCGCGCGGGUAGCGAGUGGGAUCAAGAGACUUUACACAUCUCUGGGCGGGUCAUGGUCGACCCCAGUCGCUUUCCCAAAUUGGAUUCUUCGUCAGACCCGCUUCGCAAGCCGUCCUGUCCGCGCUCCAAGGCCUUUUCACCGGCAGAGACGCCGGACAAGGACCUCAUGUUCUGCCACUACCGCAUCAUCGGCUUCAGCUUCGACCAAAAGAAAUGGAGUGCGCUGGCCGUCAGCCAGCUGCGCGAUCCGGAGUGGAACGACAAGGCCCUCGACAGGGUCAUGAUGCCGCCCGGAAAGCGCGAGCUGCUGCGCAGCCUCGUGUCUGCGCACCGGGCGGAGGACGAAAGGCACGGCGGUCCCGAUGAUGUCUCCAAGGACAAGGGCCGCGGCCUGGCCGGGCUGCUGAGCGGCCCCCCUGGCGUCGGCAAGACGCUGACGGCCGAGGCUGUUGCUGAGAUAUCGCGCCGCCCGCUGUACGCUGUCAGCGCGGGCGAGCUGGGGGCUGAGGGCUCAGACGUUGAGAGGCGGCUCGGCAAAGUCUUCGCCGCCGCGAGCUCGUGGAAGUGCGUGCUGCUAGUCGAAGAUUGCGACGUGUUUCUCCGGCGGCGGGACCACGUCAGCCUAAUCAAUAGUGCGCUUGUGAGCAUUUUCUUGAGACGCUUAGAGUCCUUUCAGGGGCUCGCUAUCCUUACGACGAAUCGAAUAGAGGAUAUCGACAAGGCCUUGCUGACCCGUCUUCAUUUCAAGAUCCACUACGGAGACCUAGGAAGUAAGCAGCGUCUGGCACUCUGGAAGUCUUUCCUGGGCCUUGUGAAAAGUCUGGACGAGGGGAAGCUCCAGAAAAUCGCUACAGAUCAUGAGGUGAACGGACACGAGAUCAAAAAUGCCGUUUCCUGUGCUAAGCUCAUUGCUCAAAGCCGAGGCUGUACAUUCACGGCUGAUCUGCUUGAAGAGAUUUUGGAUGAGCUAUCGCCACGAUCCAAUAACAUCAAGAACAUGCAGGACCUCCCCGCCACCUUCCAGGAGGUCAGCUGCAAUAAGAAGGAUGGCUCAGACAACCGGAAUGAGGCCUUGACGCGCCGCAUCCUGGACAAUGACAAGAGUUUCGGUGCGAACCAGGCCCUCCGCCUCGCCACCCCGGACCAGGUCGCCAAGGCCAAUCAGGCGCUCGAUUCGCUGGCGGGUAAGGUCACACUUGUCUACUCGGGGAGCGGUGAUCUCAACAUUCAGUUUGGUAAUGGCGACAUGUUCCAUGUAAAUAGCGGCGGCACCGUGAAUAAGGCCGAACACAUGGCUGUUGGACACAAGCCGACUUCUACUAGAUAG